UAAUUAGCCUGCUAGUAACCUGGCUGGUCAGUUACGGUGACUAACCUCGUCACGUCUGCUUUUGUCAUCGUCUCAACCGUAGUGUGGGGUUAAUGUCAAUGUUAUCAGGGAGUCGGAAUGGCUGGGACUGGCGAGGGAAAGAAAGAAGAGGCCGACUAUAAGAGGAUGCACAGUUUUCCUCUCAUCAGGCACACAGACAUGCCAGAGGAAAUGAGGGUGGAGACGAUGGAGCUUUGUGUUACAGCUUGUGAAAAGUUUGCCACCAACAAUGAGAGUGCAGCUAAGAUGAUCAAGGAGUCCAUGGACAAGAAGUUUGGCAGCUCGUGGCACGUCGUGAUUGGCGAAGGCUUUGGCUUUGAGGUCACACAUGAAGUGAAAAAUCUUCUCUACAUGUUCUUUGGAGGGAGCUUGGCUGUUUGUGUGUGGAAGUGCUCAUAGCACCUCCACAUCGCUGUCUCUCCUCCCCUCUGACGCUGUCACUGGGCUGGAAAUGAACACCAGCUACCGGCCAAACGCUGGUCACACUUUGGUUGCGGCAGGUUAGUUUGUCCACACUCCCAGCCUCUGGCAGAUGCUAAACCAACGCUCUGACAUCUGUCAUGUUAAAUUAUGUUGGUGGCAGGGAUACAAGGUGAAAGGGAAUUAAAAAUCAGGCAGUCACUUUGGCUGGUAGGAAUAAAAAAGCAGCCUGCUCUGUCUGUUUUGUUCCUCUUUGUUUUCCGUCCGUCUCUGACGUCGAUUCCAUGGUCCUAAACAUUUGCGAGAGCGUGCGUGAGUCGACUUUUACAAACACUACAGCCAGCCAGGGUCUCCAAAGUCCUUUCUCCUCAUUCCUCUGCAGGGAGCGCGUGUAUGCGUGAGUUUAAAUGUUUGUGUGUGCUGGACACACACGUUUUUUGAAAUAAACAUUCAUCGCCACCUUCCUGUCUGCGCCAUCCAAAACUUUUCACACGUGUCUUCUUUUCUCUCUCAAACGCACUAGUCUUUCAAUAAAAUUUUUAAUAUUUUUUAUCUGUACAUAUUUUGAAGCGACUUGAAAAAAGCAUCUUUUUAAAUACCAGUGUCAUCUUCUUACAACUAGCGACUCGGAGUCCCCUGAGUCCAACUACACUGAACCUGAUCCGCCUUUUCUCCCUGUAAAGGUGUUUGUAAUACUCCCUGAUGAUAUCCUUGUGCUGGGCGAUAUCAGCAAUGUGAUUGUUCUCAUGUUGAUGCCAGUUGUAAUGAUCCAGUAAAAUGGACCAUUUGUGUGAACUAUCAGAUUGUACAAUAAACUCUGAAAUGUGGUGAAA